CAUGACUAUAUGUUUAGCAAUAUUAUAAAUCUCUCUCGUCUCUCUGGCUCAUCUCUCUCCCCCUCUCUCUCUCCAAACAAAAACCCUAUAAACCUUCAUUCCCAUAAUUUGGCAGAGUAAAAAGAUGAGGAUUAGGGAGUCUAGACGACGUCGGAAGCUUUUGAUUGAUGAAAAAGUCGAGGUUCGAAGCACUGAAGAUGGGUUUCUUGGUUCUUGGCAUUCGGGUAAUGUGAUUUCUUCUGAUAAGGGUUUUCGAUUAGUUCAAUACCAUCAUAUCUUAUCUGAUCAUUACGAUAAUGUUGUUGAGAAUGGUGGUGAUGUUGUGGAUUAUGAUUCGUGUGAUAAGAUGAUUGACACUGUGAAAGUUUCGGGUUUUAUUGAUGGGGUUGGGGGGAGUGAUGGUGGGUUGGGGAUGGAUUAUCGGGGGGCGAUUAGGCCGUUUCGGGAAGCCGGUGAGGUGGAUGUGAGGGGAUUGAGGUAUGGGGAGUGUGUGGAUGUGUAUUAUAAGGAUGCAUGGUGGGAAGGGGUGGUGUUUGAUCGGUGUAAGGGGAGCGGGGAGCGGAAUGUGUUUUUUCCGGAUAUGGGGGAUGCGAUGAGGGUGGAGGGGGGCACGGAGGUGAGGGUGACUGAGGAUUGGGAUGAGUAUAGUGGGGUUUGGAGGGUGAGGGGGAAUUGGGUGUUUCUUGAAUUGGUGGAGGAGUUUGAGAGGGAGUGUUGGCCGUUGCUGGUUUCGGUGAAGCAGGUUUGGUAUGAUGUGAGGGGGAAGAAAGGGUUUGAAGAGAAUGUGAAGGAGUGGACUUGUGGGAGGAGGGAUGUGUGGAGGGCGGUGUUGUUUGAGGUGGUGAUGGAUAAUCUUAGGAUUACGAUGCGGGAGUUUUUCGAGACGGUGGAAGGCUCGGAGCGGAAGGGGUUGGAGGAAAGCUUUCGGUUUUUGGAACUUAAUGGACCUGCUUUGUAUGCUUCUCUGAAGAGUAAGGGUUAUGAUGAGAUUAGUGGGGAUGGAGUGGUAGCCGUUGUGGAUACUGGUAGAUUGGAUGCGUUACCGUUAUCUAGCUCAGUGGAGCCCAGGUUUCAAGAUGAAGCGCCGUGUGCGAGUCCUCAAAAAACAGCAAUUGUACCUACUGAUAUGGAUGAUAAGUUAGCGAUGAACGACUCCUGCAAUAGUAGUUGUAAAGUGUCCAAGACAAAUAAGCACCGUGUCUGGGUUUCUGGUGACAUUGUUCCUGAGUAUUGUGCUGAUGCAGUUGAAGAAUAUUCUGAAGUUUCCAACACGAGGCAAGAUCGUCAUGUAGUAAAGUUGAAACUACGGAGACACCUCGUAUUUUUGGGCUGGAAAGCUGAAUAUAUUCGGGAAAAAGGUAUUCCGCGAUGGCGUUAUGUUCCACCUAAUGGAAGUAAGGAGUAUUUUGGUUCCCUUGUUAAAGUUUGUGAGCAUUUAAAAAAAUCCGAUUCUGCAAAAGUUUCUCUUUUUCGUCAAGAUGAACAAAAUAGGUUGUCUGAUGCAGCUGCUACCACAGUUGUAACUCCAUUAUAUGAGCAGUAUAAUGAACAAAUAAAAGAUUGUCCUGAUUAUGAUUGUGGUAUGAUUGAACCUGAGUACUGUCCUCAAGCUGUUAUCAAUUAUUAUUUUAGUAACAUCAAGGAAAAUGUCUACCCCAGAGAUGAUAAUAAACUUAGGAAUAUGCAACUGAAAGCAAAGAAACACCUUUCUGCUGUUGGGUGGAAGUUAUUUUACACUCACGAAAACAAUAUGCGGUCAAAAGAUCUCAGGUACAGUUCACCAUGUGGAAAGUUGUAUGUUUCACUUCAAUCAGCUUGCAAGGCCUUUCUAGAUGAAAAACGAAAUGUGGCAAAGCUAGCUGAAGCACAGUUGGUUGGGGAGGGUGCAGGUUCUGCUAUAGAAACUAAGGAGUAUCAGGCGAAACACAUAAAGAAAAGAAAGAGUAGUGUUCUUUAUCCUGGCUCUCAAUCCCGGUCAGCAAAGUCUUUAAAGAAGAAAAAGAAUAUAAUGGAAGUUCAAACUAGGGGUGGGUCGAAUAGUUUUGUUAAAGGCCGUGUGUCUGGCUCAAGAAAAAGAGCUCGUGUGAUGGUGGUACCAUCUUCCUAUCCCAGAAAUCCUCGAACUGUUUUGUCUUGGCUAAUAGAAAACAAUGUGAUUUGUAAGAGGCAGAAUGUCGAAUACAGAAAAGAUGGUGAGAAACUGGCAGAAGGUACUAUGACUCGUGAUGGGAUCAGGUGCUCUUGCUGCAAAGAAACCUUCUCUGUAAGUAACUUUGAAGUUCAUGCUAUAGGUGCUUGCUGUCAACCUUCAGCCAAUUUGUGGUUGCUAGCCAGCAAGACUCAGCCCGAAAAGUCUCUGCAUGAGUACCAGUUGGAACUGAGACAGAAUAACAUUGCUGGCAGCACCGCUAAAGCAGUGAAGUAUAAAAAGAAGAAUCGGAACAAGGAUGAUGAUUUAUGCUCAAUUUGUCACACUUGGGGUGAUUUAAUUUGUUGCGAUGGAUGUCCGUCUGCAUUUCAUGAAUGUUGCCUCGGAUUGAAGGACAUUCCAGGUGGUAACUGGUACUGUCCAUUAUGUUGCUGCAAAAUCUGUGGCUUGGGCAUAAACAAUGGUAACACUGAAGUCUCAGAAGAAGAUAGUGUAUUCAGUUGCCACCAGUGUAAGCUUCCAUAUCAUGCAAGUUGCCAACAAAUGAAAGAGUCUGUGCCAACUAGUCAUCCUAAAGGAUUUUGCUUUUGCAAUGAAAAAUGUAAAAAUAUUCAAUCAGAACUGGAAAGACGUCUGGGUAAGCCAGUUUUAGUUGGGACAGAUUUAACGUGGACAUUACUGAAGUACGUGGAAUCUGAUGAAUGUGGUCAUGAUCCAUCCAAUAUUGCAGAUUCCGUGGAUAAUUAUUGCAAACUCAAUGUUGCUCUUGGUGUCAUGCACGAAUGUUUUGAGCCCAUGAAGGAUCCUCAGACUAAAAGUGAUCUUGUGGAAGAUAUUAUAUUUAGCAGAUGGUCAGAGCUGAAACGCUUAAACUUUUCUGGGUUCUAUACGGUGCUUUUGCAGAAAAAUGAUGAACUUAUUACUGUGGCAGCUGUAAGAAUUUAUGGAGAUAAAGUGGCAGAAAUGCCUCUUGUCGCUACUCGUUUUGUAUAUCGAAGACAAGGAAUGUGUCGCAUUUUGAUGAAUGAGCUUGAAAAGGUGCUCACUGAAGUUGGAGUAGAGCGGUUGGUUUUGCCUGCUGCUUCUAGUGUACUUAAUACAUGGAUAUCUUCAUUUGGGUUUUCUAAGAUGCUGCAGUCUGAUAAAUUGAAACUAAUGAAUUAUACAUUCCUAGAAUUCCAGGGCACUACCAUGUGUCAGAAAUUCUUGAAGGAGGCCCGCAUAGAAUCAAGUCCACCCGGAAGUGCUUUACAACAUUGUAGUGAUGCAAAUAGGAAUGUUGAUAUUGGUCUAGAAGGGAGCAUUAGUAGUUUAAUGCUACAACCAGAACAAGCUUUAGCCCAAAAAUCUACGAAUUUUGCUGGAGGUAGUGGAAGUGAUACUGGUGCAAUUAUACCUUGUCAAAGCGAGAUAUUUCUCAAGAACUCCUUCGAGGGUGGAACUGACUGUAAAAAAGAUAUGAACCGUGGUAAAGCUGAAAUUAUAUACUACAAGAGGAGAAGGAUAUCAAAGCCUGGAGGUGCUCAGUGACUACCUGUUUAAGCUUUUGCUAAUUGGAGAUUCAGGUGUGGGAACGUCACGUCUCCUCUUGAGGCUUGUUAAAAUUCGAGCAGUGGAGCAGGACAACAAACUAUCAAGUUUCAGAUUUGGGAUGCUGCUGGAGAAGAACGUUUUAGGACAAUUAUGGGCUAUUUGUUUUGAGCUGAAUGGAGAUGCAUGACCUGGUUAUGACUCGGUCAUCUAAUUAAGCUCAUUUGAGGUAGUGUAUUAUGUGACAGAUCAAGAAACUUAAACAAUGCCAAGCAAUGGUUGAAUGAAAUUGAUUGUUAUGCCAGUGAGAGUGUAAAUAAGCUUUUAGUGGGAAAUAAGUGCGGUGUUACAUCACAGAAGGUUGUCUCCACUGAAACAGCUCUGCUUCACAACAAGCUCGGAGGAGAAUUCAACCAGACCACUUUGUGCAAGCUAAUUGAUAAGAUGAAAAAAGAAGGGUUUGUUGAAGCUCAAAGAAAUAGAAGGCUUUCAGUGCAGAUUUUUAUUAUGCAAAUUAUGUCGAUAGGUGCUGGAUGAGCCCCAAAGGAAGUUGAACCACUCAGAACCUCAGACAGUUGGUACGUAAUUGAUCAAAUAAUUUAUCCUCUGAUUUAAACAAAAAGAUUCAAUACUUUAACUGCAUAAUGAUAACUGGGAAUCAAACAAAGGGACUUGUCUACUUGUGGUGGAGUUCGCUCCAUUGUAUCAGAUCUAACUCACGUGAUAGGCAAGUCUGAUGCUUAUCAGAAUGGAUCCGUCGGGAGUGACCAUACUGUUGUAAAGAUGAAAGAGCAUGGAACCCCCACAAGUAGAGCUCAGGAGCUUCUAGAGAGAGUUUUGCACAAGUAAUGGAAAUUGGCAGAAAUAAUGGAAACCGUGACAAUUGCAGUGAAUUUGAUGCAAUCAUGUGUAGCAAGUCGGCAUCUCAGAGCAAUCAGUCUAGAAAAGCAAGCGUUGUA